AUGAUGUUGAAUCCAGCAACAUACAAACAAUCAUCUUCUUCAACUGUGGAUGCUAAUACAGCCUUUCCCUUGAGGGGAGGCACAACAACUUCAUCUGAUUUUUCUGAUACUUCAUCAACAUUUAGGAGACCUUCUGCUGAUGUUGCAGCCUUCAGCUUCAACACUUCGAAUCCUGGAAGAAAUGAUGAAAUUUCUGAUUCUGUUCAAAGCUCCACUGAAUCAAUGACAGCAACAUCCUCCUUCAUCAAUCACACAAAGGAAAAUAUACUUACCAUGUUGGUUUCAUUGCAAGAGAGGGCUCCUGUUACGGGUUGGAAAAACUACAUUUUCUACUUGAUGUUUUAUAUCUAUGUCUUGUGGUGCCAACUGUUUGUGCCAACUGUAAGAAAUUUCAACUGGGGAGAGGAAGGAAAAUACGUAUUCAAAGUAAUUAAUUUUCCAACAACUUUAUUGUUUGAUUUGGUUCCAUAUUUUGGAACUGUUGGAAUUGCAGCUGUGUUCAUGUUCAUUGUUUUAUUGACAGCUGUCUUGUUGUGUUCUGCCUACUACUUCACUAUCAAGCCAAGCAAACAUGCCAAAUAUGUCACAAAUUCUUUGUGGUACUUGAGUUUUUGUGUCAAAAUAUUUGCAUUGAUUGGAACUCACUUACUGGCUGGCUUUUUUGAUUGUAACCUUUCAAAUCAAAUUUCCAUAACUGUUUCCUCCACUUCAGGCACAAGUACAAGUACGUUAAUGUCCUCUCUCAACAGAUUUUCCAAUGUUGGUUGUAUAGAAUCGAAUAAUGAUAUCGUUAUAGCAUUUAGUUCCCUCACAAUAAUAGUACUCGUAAUCAUUUACCCUUUCGUUGAAUAUACAACUAGUAAUUGCAAUCCUCAAAGUAGACUUCCACUGACUUCAGAAAGCUCAUUUUUGUGGAGUGUUUUGGGAGUUUGUAAUAUUAUAGAUCUUGUAAUUUCUCAGUCAAUUCCUAUUCAAUAUUCAUACAUAGCUGCGAGUAUUCAUAUUGUCAUUUCCAUAGCUUGUUGUUUGGUGAUUUUUAAAUCCUUAUCCUUCUUUACACAUUAUGAAAAUGCCAUCAUACAGAGUAUUUAUGUGGGAAGAACUGCUGUGAGUAUCGGUUCUCUAAUUUCCUCAUUGUCAAACAGUGGCAAUAACUCAGAGUUAGGUGGAGGAUUUGUAGGUCUUGCUAUUGGUCUAUUGAUUAUUGGAGCUGUUAUAGGAUUCCUCAUUCAAUUCCUAAUUCUCUUCUUUAGAAUGAAACAAAUCAAGAAUUUCAUAAUACAAAAUUCUCAAACAGAAAGCAAAACUCAAACAGAUGAAGAUAACCUCAAACAAUUAUAUUCAUGUAUUGAAAGAAUGUCCUCGGUACUCUAUGCGGAUUUGGAAGAUUCUAAAAGAUUGAACUCUUUGAACAUGUUUUUAAAGUUAUCUCUCAAACAAGGUGAUGCAAGAAUAUCAUUCCACUUUGUAAAAGGACUAGCUCAAAGCAAAAUGUUCAACAAUCCAAAGGCUUUAAUAUACUCUGCUUUGUUGGUUCAACUUUAUUGGUCUGAAGAACAGAGUGCCUCUACAUUGGCAAAUAGCUUUUUAAGAAAGGCCUUAAAAAAUGAUCCGUCCCCACUUGAAAGGUUAGUUAUUCAAGAACGAAUCAAAGAGGUUGAAACCAUGUCCAACACAAAGAACAGCCUAUUUGAAAUAGCAGGCCAAAUACAAAAAUUAGAAAGAUAUCAAACUAGUAUUCUUACUUUACAUAAGGAUUUGUGGAAAGAGUUAGCAAACGAACAUCUCAACUAUGAUUCCAUACAAAAGAUUAAUAGAAAUAUAUCCAGUUUGACUUCAGAAUGUAAAUCCACAUUGAACAGUCUCUAUUUUAACUAUAAGAAUAACAAGACAGUCAUAAGAGUUUACGCUCACUUUAUUGAAAACUUUGAGUUUAACAAACCUUUAGCAGAUUCACUUUUUGCUGAAGCUAACUCUUUGGAGGAGGAGGAAAUUAAAAGAAGGAGAAGACCAUCUCAAAGCAAAUCCACCAAAAAGAGUCUGUAUGCAGCAAGUAACAGGGUUGUUCCAAAUGACAAGUAUGAGAUUUCCAGUGCAUUUCAUGAGGAAUCAUCCAACUAUGAUGUUGUAGAAAAUGCAAAGAUAGAAGAGAUGGAUGAUGCCUUUGAUAAUCCUCAAAUCAAGAAGGAGACACUAUUUUUGAAUGCCAUUUCCAUACCAAAAUCAAAUAGCUUAGUCAGGAGCUUGUCUACUAUUUAUUUUGUGUUUGUAUUUGUGUGUAUUGUUGCUUCUAUUUCUCUUGGAGUUAUCUAUUCUUAUAACGUAAAGUCAACUGUUCCAUAUGUUGAACAAGUUUGCUUUCCAGGAACUGUUCCAUAUGCUCUUAUAAGAAGUAUCAGAGCAUGCCAAAAUUGGAUGAAUACAUUUUAUUUCCAAGAGGUUGAAUGGCCUGUCUUGAACGAAGGCUAUCCAACCAUUACAAAAACUGUCUAUAUCAAUGAUCACAAGAAUAGAAUGAACAAUAGUAUAAUAGCUUUGAAGAAAUUAAUUGCCGUUGGUCAACUUGGAGUAUUUACUGAUUCUAUUUAUAAUGAUUAUUCUUCUAGUGUUUAUACUGUAAAUUCUCCUACUGAAGAUAGUACUACUCCAAAGUUAUAUACAGGUACUUAUCAAACUAGAAAUACAUCUAUUGUCGAUAUAACCAAUUCUCUGAUAAAAUAUGCAGAACUUAUGAUGAACGACUAUCCUCAGUCAACGUUGUUAAAGUUAGAAAACAAGUCACUGUCUUACAAUGAAAGGCAAUUACUCCUCAACCAAACUUCACAAAUGGAGUAUUUCAAUCCUCUAACAAACUUUAAUUUUAAUUAUUUAUGGGCUAACAAGGGUACGUUUACAACUGCCUACGAAGCCUUUUGUACCAAAUAUUUGGAUAGUAGUAUUUCAAUAAUUAAUGAAAGUGUACAACAGUUCAUGAUUUACACAGUCUCUAUUUUAGGCAUAUUCAUGGCGGUGAGCUUUGUUUUCUUAACAAUUUUAUUGAUAGAGCUAGCAAGUAUGAAAAAGAUCAUCAAAUUAUUUGAGAGGAAUAUCAAAAAAGACAUUGUUGGAAAGAUUUUCCAUACCAUUUCAGCCAAAAUUAAAAGCGAGACCGUGAGCAAUUCCAACUCUCUUUCUAUGGAUAAAAUCAAGCCAAACCUGGUCAUAAUUAUUAGUACUCUAAUUGUACUAUUAGCUGCAUGUGGAUGUAUUGCUCUAAUAUUUUCAGAGACCUAUCUUAACAGCCGAGAUUCUGUAAACAUCAUGACUCGAGUUCGCCUUUCUAUCCAAACAGCUGUCAGUGUGGAGAGAGUAGCAUUCUUUGCUCAGGAAUAUUAUACUUACUUUGGUGCUGAACAAUUCACUUCACCAACAGCAUCACUAAGGUAUCUUAUUAAAAGGCCUACAAGUUUUGGAGAUAUGAGAUUGUGGCAAGUGAGAAGUAGAUUUGAUGCAUUGGUUAGCAGAGUCAAUGACGGUGUUGCAACUGCUUCAGAUUACAUGAGCAAACUAAUCUAUGGCUCUACUGAUUUGAAUCUUGAACCGAUAAUGGGUAUAUAUCCAAGUGUCGAUAAGAUUAUUUCCAUUGGUACUGAUAACUGUACUGAAUACAUGAAGCAAAACGGUAUUGCAUACACAUAUGCUAGUUUUAAAUUGUAUUGUCAAGGAUUGGAAACUGUUUUUUCAGAUUUUGCUACAACUGCUCCACAGUUGGUAACUGAUUCGAGGAGACAUUAUGCUAUGCAGCAAACAUCUGCAAUGAAUGGCACACUCUUAGAUCCUUUUGCCUUGGCCAUGAGAACCAACAAUUUACUACGUUUAUCCCUUCCAUUAAUUACAAAGUACACAACUUUUAUUAAGGAGUUUGUAAAAGCUUCAUCCAGUCCAGUAGUUGUACUCACUAUUUCUUCUGCUUGUUUGGGAAUUUCAAUAAUAUUAAUUUGCUGGUUCAUUUAUGGGACUAUGAUUUCCAACUUUUGGACUCAUGUUCAUUCUUUCAGACUCAUGUUAAAUUACGUACCAAUCGAUGUUCUAGAUCAUAAUGAAAAGUUAAGGGCUUUUGCAUUAUAUAACAAAAUGGAUGGAAAGACUGAAACUAGAGCCAAGAGAAAUACCAACUCGGAAGAGGAUGAAUAUUACAAUUUGAAGGUGGUUUUCAAUUCUAGCGUUGAGGGAACCAUGAUUUGUUCGGAAAAUGGAGAAAUUGAACUUUUCAAUUCUUCUGGUUUAAGAAUGUUUGGAAGUAAGAGCAUUGACAUUCUAGGAACUUCAAUGUUUGACUUGUUUGAUAUUCCUUGUAGGGAUGUUGCAAAAAGAACUGUUGCCCAUUUAGUGAAUCAAUGUAAGGAGCAACGUUCUGAUGAAGAGAACGCAAACGUAGAAAUAUUAGAUAUAGAAUUUUUGAGAAAGAAUCAAACCAAGUUUCCUGCCAAAGUUACCAUCUAUGCUGUUCAAUUUGCUGGAAAGACAACAAACAUUCUCGUUACAUUCAAAGAUGUUACAUCAGAGAAGAAAUCAAACAUGCUAUUGUCUGAUGAAAAGAAGAAGAGCGACAACUUGUUGAAGAACAUUUUACCAAAUCAAGUUGCCAAUCGUUUAAAGUCAGGCGAGACAUUUAUCGCUGAAAAGUUUGAUGAUAUAACUUGUUUCUUUAGUGAUAUGUAA